CUGACAAUUGAACAACGCGCCCACGAGCAGGAAAGCGCGACGACGACGGCUGUAAGGGCUGUGGGGGCUGUGAGGGCUGGCCACGUCGCUUCAACGGGCUCACGCAUCUUCCUAUCAAGCAACGCCAUCAUGGCCACAAAGGAUACUGCCUCGGCAGACCCCACGGCUGCUGCCGCAAGUCCUGAACCCACAGCACCGAGCUCCACACAGCAACGCAAAGCGCGCUUUCGUCUAGAUGCCUGCAAGCGAUGCCGCGAAGCUACUCCUCACGUUCUGCUUCAAAAGGAUCUUCCAUACUGCCGCGAUUGUUGCAUCUACAACGUACACCGAAAGUCGCGUUCCGAACUGGGCAAGAAUCGCAUGAUCCGGCAGUUUGAAAGGAUUGCGCUUGCCUUCUCCGGUGGCAAUCGGUCAACUGCCCUACUGGGCAUCAUCCGUCGACACAUGACCAAGGGCGAACACCGCCAGCUACGAAUCGUACCCACCGUCAUCCACAUUGAUGAUGGGUGCCUCUUUGGCGCCACUCAGGCCGAGCACGAGCGCCGGGCAGAGCGCAUCCAAUCAUUGGCCAAUGCAUUGGACUACGAGGAGGUACACGUGCUACGCCUCGAGGAGCUUUAUCGUGCAGAUGACGAGCCCGACCUGACGGCUGCCGCAGCCCGGGUCUGUGCGCUUUUUGCCGAUCUUUCCACUGUUACGGCCCGCCAAGACUUUUUACGUACAAUGAAGGCACGGCUCUUGCGGGCUGCCACGCAACAGUUGGAUUGUCACAAGCUGAUGGUGGGUGAUUGCCACGACCAAAUUGCCAUGCGCAUCCUGGUCCAGACCACGCAAGGACGCGGGGGUAACAUGACCCGCUUCUCGACGUUCUGUGAUGAAGUGGAUGGCACGGCCAUGCUGCGCCCGCUGCGCGCCAUUUCGGCGCGCGAACUCGGCUACUACAACCAUUUUCGUCGCCUGGAACCCGUGCUGUACCCCACCGUGGGCGCACGCGCGCCGGAGAAGACGAGCUUUGAGUCUUUGAUUCAAGCCUUUGUGGCUAACCUGACGGUGGACUUUCCUUCAACCACUGCAGCCAUCUAUCGCACGUCGGAAAAGAUUGCGGCCAUCGACCGGCCCGAUGCCCCUGAUUGUCGCCUUUGCGGGUUACCCACGGACCCUGCCACAACAAGCAUCGCGCAAAUCACGGCCAAGGAUGGCCACUUGAAUAUUCGAGAUCGUCUGACCGUAGACGGGCAAGAUCUUACAGAUUGUCUGUGUCAAGGCUGCCGUGGCACCCUGCUUGACGCCUCGCAGCAGACCGUUGGCCUUCCACCAACACUGCGCGCCAACACGGUAGCACCACCACAGAGCAUCACCGUCGCCACUGCCAUUAUCAUGGCGGGUAAGCUGCCCUCUGAGGUGCACUACUACGCGAGCGUGAUCAACUGCCCCGCUUACGCCAACAACGCAGCCUACAAGGCCGUGUUGGCUCCCGUCGUUGGAACCGCUGCCUCGUUGCUGCCAGCUUUCCAGAGCCCUGUUCCCCGGGGCGAGGACUACCGCUCACUACGUCUGCAACAAGAUCAACAACUCUCUCUGCAGCUGACCAAAUCAGGGGUAUCUCACCAACGAGCAGGGGACCAUGACAAGGCGCUAUCUUUGUAUCAUCGGGCGCUACAACUAUCCGAGCACAACGUGGAGGCGCUUGUGGCCAAGGGCACGCUCCACACCAUUCUGCAACAGUAUGAUCGAGCUGUCGACUGCCUCAAGACGGCGCUGCGUCUGCAGCCGGAACAUGUGAACGGCCGCCGCUAUCUAGAAACGACUUACUUUCGUCGGGGCAAAUAUCUCGAGGACUGUGGCAAAUAUGUCGACGCCGCUGAGGACUAUUCAGCAGCCCUUGAGUUACAUGGCCCUGAGGAAGCCAAGGCCCAACAAAUGCUCCAAUCUGUUCAUAACUACCUUGUCAAGCGAGCUGCACAGUCUGAGGCAGCUGAUACGGCUGCGCGAGCCUCAUUUGGCAAGCUAUCUCCGUCAACUGCCAGCCACGGUACUACGGGUCGCUCGUCCUCCGAGCUCCUCAGCGUCAUGCACAAGAUGCUGGAGGAGGAUCGUGAUGAACGCCGCAGGCACAAAAAGCACAAAAAGUUAAAGAAGAAGCAUAAAAGUUCGGGACGCAGUGACCGAGGUGAUCGAUCGCCAAAGCGAAGUCGCCAUCGUGGCGGCAGUAGCGAUGAAUCGUCCGAUGCUGAGGGCGAGUCGCGGUGA